CCCUACCUGUGGGCCCCCGCGCAGCAGCCACCCCCAUGCACCAUCAUACCUGCAGGAUAAGGUUGGAUUGCUCAAGUAUAGUAACUAUCAAAGUAAAAUGAAUGACUCUAAGUGCCAGUCCCUGUUUUUCACCACUUUGCCUGAGCUGCGAAAACUCUGUGCUAUGAAAAUUACAUUGAGUUCUCAAUUGGCAGAAAAUGAAAUUAGAACAGUACAAAGAAAGAUGUGCAGGAAACUCUUGCUUCUGCAUCAAGAUGUCUUUUGUUCACCUGUCCCGGGGACACUGAAUCAAAUUUUAGCAGUUAUGACGAUACUCUGUUACAAAUCAGGAAAGUGUCAAGCUUAUGUAGAGAAACAUGGAGCUACAAUAGAGACACCAGAGAGAGUUACCCCUGCUGUCUUUCAAACCUGCCUCUCCUAUACAGUUACAGCCAAGCUUGCUCCCAGAUGGAACCAGGCUGGUCAUCUGUUGAUACAAGGGAAACAUUUUCUACUACAAUCGGGAAAGCAAAAUGCAGUUGUUAUGGACAUGAAUGUAUCUGAGACUCAGAUUUGCAUAAGUGUUGAGGUUUGCACAAUUCGUCUACCACCACCUAAGCUGGAAGAUUUUAAUAUUUCAGCAAAUAUCUUAAAGACAUUUGACAGUGAUAAGAAUGCAGUAAUUAAAAGUCAUUCUAUUUCAAGUAACUGGUGCUAUGUUUUGCCAAGCAUGAAAAUGGGUCAAAUUAUAAGUAUUAGCCAUGUAAUUCCAUCUGAGUCUCCAUUUCAAUCAUACAGCAGUAUACAGCUGCACUGGGAAAAUCUGUAUGGCUAUAUACUACCUAAGGAUCUCUCAGCAUACUGCAACAUUCACUUCAAAAUGAUAGGGGAGCAACUAUUUACAUACCCUUUAAGUUGCAUCAGAAGUCAGCCUGUGCAGUAUUUUCCUAGAAUAGAUUUAGAAGGGGCUUUGAAUGCUUUUCUUGCUGAUCUGAAGACUAUAUUUCCUCAUGCAUGUGGCUUUCCUCUUAAGAUGACAAGCAAAGCAUUAUAUGCCACCCACGAUCUUACGCAGUCAUCUGUACAGAAAGUGAAUUCUAAGCCAGCUAAUCUCACUGGAAAAAGGACUUGCAAGAUAACUUUGAUUCAAGAAAUUCCCCCCAAAGCAGAAGAUGCAACUACAGGAGUAAUGGAAAGAAAAUCCCACAGUAGAAAGCAGUGGAAAACUUCAGAUGAACCUGCACAACCACAUCACUCAACGGAGUCUUUUAAAAUGUUGAAGCAUUUAUUUUCAGAUUCUCUAAAAAAAGAUGCCACCAGAAUAAUUCCAAUUUUCAAAGGAAAGCUGUUGCAGAUAGAUAGGCAAACCACAAAAGCUUUUCCUGGAAAGAAAAAUCUCACCAUUCUACAAUAUUCUCCAAAAGUAAUGCAAACUAAGACAGCUGCCAAAUUGACUGCAUUCAAGCCUAGCGAAGAUCAAGUUAACAAAUCGUUCCAUAAUUCAUCAUUUAAAAAUAUUACCAACAGAAGUUUUCUUCAGGCACAGAUUGGGCAAGCAAAUAUAAAAUGUGCACUAAAAGAGAAAAAUGAAAACAAUGGACAGGUGUCAAAUUGUGCUUCUGCUAAUAGAGCAGGUUUAGAGAGGAAUUCAAGUGAAAUCAAAUCCAGAAAGGUGAAGUUUUUGCAAUCCAGUGUUGACAGAUCAAUGCAUCACACAUCAGUUAUCCAACAACAUUUGCACAAACCUGAAAAUCUCAGCUCCAGUAACAAAGGGGAUAGAAAAACUUCAAGUCAGAGUAUCCCAAAUCCUAGAUCAAAGAAACCCCUUCUUGACAUAUCUGGAUCAUAUGUGGAAGUGACAAAUUCCAAAAUAUUUCAGAAACAAAGUCCAGUCGAAGAAAAAACAAAUGCAUACAGAUUAAGCAAUUCAGUGUACAGUAAGACCACAAAAGCAGCUGCUCAAAAAGAAUUAUUAAGACCAUCAAAUCAAGAUAUCCUUAACAUAACCAGUCAUCAAUUGCAGUUUAACAACCUGCAGGCUCUAAAGACAAAUGAGUCAUUAUGUUGUGAAGAUGUAAAUCUGAGCCAGAUGUAUUCAACAGCUGAAAUCCACUUGACAUCUGCAUCAGACCAAACUGGCAGAAACCACCAGAUAAAGAAUGUAAAAGUAAUUAUCAUUAAUGUUUUAAUCCAAGAAACAAAGAACUAGUAAACCUGCAAUCUAAAAUAAGGCCUUAGAAGAGGAAGAAAAAAAGGAAUGCACCGAAAAAAAUGCAGAGGAUAUCGAUGGUUUUGGCUCAUCUUAUGAACAGCAAAUGUUUUUCUGUAUCCACAGAAAUGUUGGUUGUUUGGAUUCUGAUAGUUGCAAUCAAUUUUUGAUUAUUUUUCUCUUGAGCAAGCAAAUUUGUUGGCUUAGCUUUACAGUAUUGGCAAAAUGCUCCAAUCCUGAACAAAAUAUAAUGCAAAAGAUAUCAAGACUGAGAAAACAUAUUUUUAGUGUUUAUUUUCCACAGUCAUGUGAUUGUCUAAAAAUUGAAAUAUGUUUCUCUAGAAGUUACAGAACAGUCAGCUGAAUUGACUUUUCAGUUGUAAGAUGUAAUUGCAUUUCCUCUGAAAAAGCGGAAAGAGUUCCUGCACAGCAGUUUUCUUUACUUCAGUGUCACAUAUAACUUUUAUGUGUAACUAGGUUUUAUUGAGCUUGUUAGGGCGAACAUAAAUCCAACAAACUGAGGGGGGGUAUUUUAAAAUAAUAUUUUAAAUGUUUUAAUUUUACAUGCUUUAUUAUGUUGUUUAAUGAACAGAAUAUCUAUCUAUGUAUUUGCUUCUGAUUAUGCCAAUAAAGGCUUAUGUAUGU